GACGAACCGCCACCGAAAGCUGGCUUCCGCGAGCGCCUGCGCUUCCUCUCCAGGCGCUAUGGCUGGUGGGCGAUCGCCGUGUACAUGCUCACCUCGUUCAUCGAUUUCGGUUUGGCAUUUGCCGCGAUCCACAUGCUCGGCGCCGAGCAUAUCCGCGAACUUGAGGCCCGAGUACGACAUUGGCUCGGCAUGGAGAAGCGCGACCAUUCUGAGGAGCAGGAUACGGGCAAGAACUUGAAGCAGAUGCUGGGGAUCAGUGCACAAGCAGGUCAUACUCUUGCUCCUGCCUCCAGUGGUACAAAAAACUCUGGGGGGAGCGGCACACUGUGGGCAGAAGCCGUGCUAGCGUACACCAUCCACAAGACGCUUCUACUCCCUGUGAGAGUCGCGGCCACUGCCGCCAUCUUGCCCAGUUUCGUCAAGCUCAUGGUCAAAUGGGGU